UCAUGGGGAGCAGUAAGAGUAAACCCAAAGACCCUAACCAACGGAGACGCAGUUUGGACUCAACAGAAAAUAUACAUGGCAGCUGCUCUACCUCUCAAACACCCAGCAAGACCACCGUCCCAGAAACCCAUCGCACCCCUAGUCGGUUAUUUGGAAGUACAGCUACAGAACCAAAGCUCUUUGGGGGAUCAAAUACAUCAGAUAUGGUCACUUCUCCUCAGCGCUGUGGGGCUCUAGCUGGUGGAGUCACCACAUUUGUGGCCCUCUAUGAUUAUGAAUCACGGACAGAAUCGGAUCUUUCUUUCAAAAAAGGAGAACGCCUCCAAAUCCUCAACAACACGGAAGGAGAUUGGUGGCUCGCUCACUCCCUCACAACUGGCCAGAAAGGCUACAUCCCCAGUAACUAUGUCGCACCUUCAGACUCCAUCCAAGCUGAAGAAUGGUAUUUUGGCAAGAUAACACGCCGAGAAUCUGAACGGUUACUGCUCAAUCCAGAGAAUCCGCGAGGGACUUUCCUGGCAAGAGAGAGUGAGACCACAAAAGGUGCCUACUGCCUCUCUGUCUCAGAUUUCGACAAUGCCAAGGGCCUCAAUGUGAAGCACUACAAGAUUCGCAAACUGGACAAUGGUGGCUUUUAUAUCACGUCCCGUACACAGUUCAGCAGCCUUCAGCAGCUAGUGGCUUAUUACUCCAAACAUGCAGAUGGUUUGUGCCACCGUCUCACCAAUGUUUGCCCAACCAGCAAGCCUCAGACACAGGGCUUGGCAAAAGAUGCUUGGGAAAUCCCCCGGGAAUCAUUGCGGCUAGAGGUCAAACUUGGACAAGGCUGCUUUGGAGAAGUAUGGAUGGGGACAUGGAAUGGCACCACCAGGGUGGCAAUCAAGACUCUAAAGCCUGGGACAAUGUCUCCAGAAGCAUUUCUACAGGAAGCCCAGGUCAUGAAGAAACUGCGCCAUGAAAAGCUGGUGCAGCUGUAUGCUGUGGUUUCAGAAGAGCCUAUUUACAUCGUAACAGAGUACAUGUGCAAAGGGAGCCUCCUGGAUUUUUUGAAGGGAGAGAUGGGCAGGUAUCUGAGGCUGCCCCAGCUGGUGGACAUGGCUGCACAGAUUGCCUCUGGCAUGGCCUAUGUGGAAAGGAUGAACUACGUUCACAGAGAUCUCCGAGCUGCCAACAUCCUUGUGGGGGAAAACCUGGUGUGCAAAGUAGCUGACUUCGGACUGGCGCGACUGAUUGAGGACAAUGAAUACACAGCAAGACAAGGUGCUAAAUUUCCCAUCAAGUGGACUGCCCCAGAAGCUGCUCUGUAUGGUCGGUUCACUAUCAAGUCAGAUGUUUGGUCCUUUGGAAUACUGUUGACUGAACUUGCCACCAAAGGUCGAGUGCCAUAUCCUGGCAUGGUGAAUCGGGAAGUCCUAGAUCAAGUGGAACGAGGCUAUCGGAUGCCCUGUCCACCAGAAUGCCCAGAAUCUCUACAUGAUCUGAUGUGCCAGUGCUGGAGAAAGGAUCCCGAGGAAAGGCCAACUUUUGAAUACCUUCAAGCUUUCCUGGAGGAUUACUUCACGUCAACAGAGCCCCAGUAUCAGCCAGGCGAGAACCUAUAGGUCUGAGGACUGGAUCAGUUGCCAGAACACUUUAUGCUGCUCCAAUGGCAAGUGUGCUCUAGAGAGAAACUUUUGAGUCAUAUUAGGAACCCUGCUGGAGCACUAGCCAGGGUGUUUUCCUCAUUCUGGCAAUUUGCCUUCUUUUCAAGGAUUGUACCAGUUACUCUGUCAAACAAAUGUGGUUAACAAAAGCCUUGAGGAUUAUGAGUGAACAAAGUCUCAUAGUUCGCAUUUUUAAUAUGAAGUUGGUUGUAGUACAGCAGAGGAGUUUCAGGAACACCACAACUUUCUACAAAAGAAGAGGCCAAUUAAGAGCAAGAAUCCUAUUCCUGAGGGUCGCCUACUUUCAGGACUGUGUCCUCCAUCAAAACCACUCUUGACUAUGGUUAGAAGGAAUUGCAAUCAGGACAAUCCUGCAUUUGAUGCAGGACAAUCCUGCAUCAAAGCACUUGAGUAAUUUCUGAUUGAAUGGUGAUGCUAAAGAAGUUUGCCUUUCAGACUCUCAUGGCUUUUGUUCUUUAUGGACAAAACCAGCAAAAUUUCCCUACUCAUAUUCAAAUGCCUGGAUCUAGGCUGACUGAAUCCAGGAAAAAAAAAUGUAGCUCGCUUAUAUUGUGGACACUUCACAUUUCCAUGUGUUUGUAAUCCUCUUCUUUUUAUUUUUAAUGGACACCAUUUUCUUCUGUGCCACUGUCUAUCCAGUCUUGUCCUGUUUGUGGAGGUGCACUUGCAGAUCUUAGCCAUAUGAUAGGUUGAACCGGAUGUAUUGGGCUUGCUUAGAAAAUCUGUUGUUCUUGGCCCUCUGGCUAUAAAUGAAGUGAAGGGAAUGUGUACCCUGCAUUUGUGUAAGAUAGGACGUGUAAUGUCAUAAUGCAAAUAAUAAUCCCUGAAUUGUUCAGGACGGUGAGCUAGAUCUUGGGCUGGAUGCUCGUCUUCCCAUCUAGCCCUUUAAUUCAAUAAAGAGAGCUGAAGAUUAUCAGUUUCUUCAGCCUGCAAAAAGGGGUAAAGUAGUAGGAUCAAAAAUCCUUCUUUUCUCUAACCAUACCAAACUGCUAAGUUGUUAAUACCACUCUCCUGCCUAGGAAAUAUUAGUCUUCCACAUAGCAUUCUAUAAAUUCUUUAAGCACACACUCUGCUCACAUCACUGCCUUUUAAUUUUAACCCAGUCUGGGGUUCCUCAGUGCCUUGGAAGCAUAAUACUGCAGCAGUAAGUGGCCUGUUGUGUUUACUAUCUAACAUUACAUGAAUGGUCUAAUCACUGCUUCAAUGUUGGAAGGUCAUCCAAUUUCUUUGCCAUGAUGUAUGAUAGAGCAACAUACACUGGAAGGACAGAAGUAGAAAUAUUCAAACAAAAUUUAGGAAAGUCUAUAUAAUUCUGCAAAACCUGAUACCCUUUACCCACUCUCCCCAUUCAGCCAUUAUAACUGCCUUCCCAGUUUAGGGAAUAUAAUGUCAGGGAUUUAAACCCAGUCCCCUGAUCUAGAAAACACAUACACACCGCAAACUUCAUGCAGGCUCCUUUCUGAAUGAUCCUUAUGUUUGCCUUCCCCAACCCAAUGUAUUUCAACUACCUUGGAUUAAAAAUCCCAUCUGCCAGGAGGUGGAUGGUGAUAGCUGUGGUCAAAACAUUUGCAGAGUAUUGCCAUUGAGGAAGGCUACUAUAAGAAACCUAAAACCCUGUUCUCUUAUUUUAUUUUCAAUAAAAAUUAAUAACAUUAAAAACUUUACUAUGUGAAGAAA